AUGGGAUCAACCACUACUGGCGUGCUGUAUGCCCUCAGUGUGGCCACCUCACCGGCCAGACCUGCCCCAGAAGAUGCUUCGGCGAAGAGUCAUCAUGCGAAAUCGGGCUAUAGGAACCCCUGGGACUCAUGGAAAGAUGUCACCAUGAAGAUUCCUGCCGAAAUUCUGAUGCGUCGCUUGAUGGGCAAGGCAAAUGUCCCUAAUACAACUGCGCCGACAGUCCCCGUCCGCAAGCCCGAAUUCCUUCCGAGUCGAGAAACUCCUAACCUCCGCGCAACAUGGCUCGGACACGCCUGCUACUAUGUCGAAUUCCCCGGUGGCCUGCGGGCACUCUUUGAUCCCGUACUAGAAGAACGUUGCGGUCCUUACAACAUGUUGGGCCCGAAGCGAUUCACGGAUGCCCCGUGCAAGAUCAAGGACAUCCCCAUGAUUGACGCAGUCUUCAUAUCUCACAAUCAUUAUGACCACCUCUCAUACCCCGGAGUUAUGGAGAUCGCGAAGCGACACCCGAACUGUCACUUUUUCGUUCCAUUGGGCGUAAAGGCCUGGUUCAAGAGCUGUGGUAUUAACCAGGUCACCGAGCUGGACUGGUGGGAUGAGCGUGAUAUCACACUGUCACCUUCGGAGCAAAAGGAGGUUAAGGUCGAAGUAGUUGGAGAUGCUGCUUCCACUGCAGCAGGGAUCAAGGCGCGGAUCGGGUUCCUACCCUGCCAGCAUGUUACCGCUCGUACCCCAUUCGAUCGGCACCAAACUCUCUGGGGCUCCUGGGCCGUUGAGUCUGGAGGCAAGCACCUUUACUUCACAGGCGAUACUGGAUACCGCACUGUCCCUGAAGUGCCUGAGGGAGAAGACGAUCAUGAUCCUAAGUACGAUUUUCCCAUCUGCCCUGCUUUCAAGCAGAUUGGUGAGUUCCGUGGACCAUUCGACUUGGGACUGAUCCCCAUUGGUGCAUAUGCCCCUCGCCAUAUGUUCAGUUCUGCACAUGUGGAUCCCCAUGAUGCGGUGCAUAUUUUCCAAGAAACCAAGUGCAAGAAGGCAUUGGGUAUGCAUUGGGGUACGUGGGUGCUCACCGAGGAAGACGUGCUCGAGCCACCUGAGAAACUCAAGACCGCACUCAAGAAAUUCGGCCUGCCGGAGAAGGGUGUAUUUGACGUGUGUGAAAUUGGAGAGAGCCGGGAGUUUUGA